AUAAACCUCGUCACCCUUAUGAAUUGUUCAUCUGGAAUCAUUAAUGUAUUCAUAUCGCGUGAUUUGCAUUGAGAUGCAUCGCAUUCUGAUUAGUUGAUUGUUAGUCGAAGAACAGUACAGAAUGGAAAAUAACUGCAUCCUGCACACCUACCAUCCUCCCGAAUGGGCAAAGAGCCUGAACAAUAUUCCACGAUACUUUGUCAAGCUCUCCCAGGACAAUACACCAAUCACGGAUUGGAACUUGGAGGACGUGUCCAACGGGUUUAAGAUUGGGAUCAAGCGCGAAGACAUGACCGGCAGCACUUUGAGUGGAAACAAGGUUCGUAAGUUGGAAUUUAUUCUUGCCGACGCCAUUUCUCAAUACUGCAAAACAAUCAUAACGUAUGGUGUGCUGCAUUCCAACCAUUGUCGAACCACGGCCAUCGCCGCAAGGCAGCUUGGGAUGGACACUUGUCUUUUCUUGAUAUUGAAACCAGAGGAGAGUUCUAGUUCUUUGGAAGGUAAUAGACUGUUAUCCAGGCUUAUCGGAUGUGACGUCAUAACAAUGAAAAACAAGACUCCAGUUGAUGAAGUCAAGAAAAAAAUGAAAGUUAUGGCUGACAAUCUGGGAAAUAAACACAAAUCCCCCGCGUACGUGGUUGAAGGCGGUGGAUCUUCAUACGUCGGAAUGUUUGGUUACAUCAACUGCUUUCAAGAAAUGAUUUUACAAAAUGUAUUGGAAAAUUACACUGAUAUUUUUGUAACCAGUGGAACUUGUGGUACAGCGGCAUCUCUUGCAAUAGCAAAUUAUCUUACUGGAUCUAAACUCAAAAUCCAUGCAGUAACCRUCAGUCGUACAUUAGACAAAGCUUACAGUGUGAUACAAACAAAACUAGAACUCUGUGGACUUGCUAAUAUUCGUUCAGAAGACAUAAUAGAUUUGAUGAUUGGAUAUAAAGAUCGUGGAUAUAGGGAAUCCACCAGAGAGGAGUAUGAUGAUAUAGUGAAAAUAGCAAGGACUACUGGUAUACUAUUGGACCCAGUCUAUAAUAUCAAGACAGUACGGCGCAUGCUCGUAGAAAUGAAAGAAAAUCCACAAAGAUUUAAAGGAAAAAAAGUUCUAUAUAUCCAUACAGGUGGCCUUUUUGCUCUGUUUGAAGAACGGUUCAAGUGCAUUGUGGGUGAUUAUCAUGGAGAAAUAAAUGGUGUAUCUUCUACUGACAGUGAAUAAUUAGCAAAAGUGCGCCUACUCAAGCCAUGACACAAUUGCAAAAUCGCUCAAAGGCUCAAUUUAUUACAUGAAAUUUAAAGUGUUUUUCARCCGAAUAAUAUUUGUUAAAUCGCAUUUAAUAUAAAGAUAACGCGAUUUAGAAUAGAACUGUUAUUGAUUAAAAGUAUUAAAUAAAUCUACAGAAGAAAAUGAAAAUUAAA